AUGUCUGCUUCGCACAAAGAAACAAUUGAAGAAUUUAUUCGUAUUGACAAUAGUCGUCAUGUUCAUCAUUUAGAAAAAGUUCUUGAUGAUCAUGUAACCAAAGAAGAAAACAAGAAAACAGCUUAUACGAAUAUUCAAGAAGCCCGAGAAUAUUAUUCUAUGGAACAUGAAGCAAAUCCAUCAGCUCAAUGGAAACUUUUGGAUUUCAAACAAGAUGAUGCAAAUUCAGCACAAGCAACUAUUUCGUACAAUAAUCAUACGUAUGACACGAAAUAUACAUUUAAUUCAGCUGGAAAAAUUCUCAAAAUCGAAUCGCAUCUUCAACAACAACAACAGUGA